GCCAACUCGGCAGUCGGGGUGUCGGCGGUGGCAUUUUGUGCGGGUCCCCGCGGUGGGCCCCGCCCCCGUCGCCGGUCCCGGCCGCCCCGUCGGUCCGGUCCUGCCCUGCCCUGCCCCGUCCCGGGCCGGGGCGGGCCGGGCCCGCGCAUGCGCCUCCCGCUGGUCCCGCUGGUCCCGCUCCUGCGCCUGGCUCCGUCGCCGCCGCCGCCGCCCAUGAAGCCGCUCGUCGUCUUCGUCCUGGGCGGGCCCGGCGCCGGGAAGGGCACCCAGUGCGCCCGACUCGUGGAGAAGUAUGGCUACACGCACCUUUCGGCCGGGGAUCUCCUCCGAGCCGAGCGGAAGAGGCCCGGCUCUCAGUACGGCGAGCUCAUUGAGAAGUACAUCCGGGAAGGAGAGAUCGUGCCAGUGGAGAUAACCAUCAGCUUGCUGAAGAGGGAGAUGGAUGAAACCAUGGCCGCCAACAUCCAGAAGAGCAAAUUUUUGAUCGAUGGCUUCCCCAGAAACCAGGACAACCUCCAAGGCUGGAACAAGACCAUGGAGGGGAAAGCGGACGUGGCUUUUGUUCUCUUCUUUGACUGCGACAACGAGGUCUGCAUUGAGCGCUGUCUGGAGAGAGGCAGGAGCAGUGGGAGAAGUGAUGACAACAGAGAGAGUCUAGGAAAGAGGAUUCAGACCUACCUGCAGUCCACCAAGCCCAUCAUCGACCUCUAUGAGAAAAUGGGAAAGGUCAGGAAGGUGGACGCCUCCAAAUCGGUGGAUGAGGUGUUUGACAAAGUCGUGACUAUCUUUGACAAGGAAGGCUAGCCCCGAACCCAACACCUGUUGGAAAUCACCCUCGUCUCCCACUCUGUUAGCUGCUACCACAGUCCUUCCUUUUUCCUUUCCUUUUUCUCUCCCCAAUUCAUUGGUUUAAACUUUUUAGAUCUCUCACUCUGGUGGGUGGCUGGACAAAAAUCGAUCUUAGAUGAAGUUGUUUAUGAAUCGUUAGUCCCUUCUUGUGGCUCCCUUAAGCAGUCCCCGGGUUCGGUGAUGAAGACCCCGUGGCUUGAAUGGUGCUUCGCUUUCUCUCCGGAAAGAGGGAGUCACCUCACAGUCCGCCUCGGGGAGAGCUGGACCAGACAGGGUUCCCGGGGCUGGGGGGUCCCCAUGACAUAUUAAAGAGAAUUUGAACCUGC